AAGUAAAUUACAUAACAGCGUUUGAGGAGACUGAUGGGGAAGAGUCAGCUCGGUCAAAACUCCCUUUUGUGAUAUUUAACGCGGGAAUUUUAACGACACGGGAAUCGAAUCGCUACGAAAGAAAAAAAUAUCCCUCCGAGCAGAAAAGUUCAAGAUUUUCUCUGUAUAAGACUUAAGGACACCGAACCAAAAACAAUAUGGAGCAGCUGGAUGCUGAGUUUGUGGAUCAUUACAGUCCCCAGCUCGUCCAAAGGACUACUGUUGUCAUGCCCAUUGCUGAUUCACUGAAAGCCGCUCAAAUAAUUCACAACGAAACAUACUCAGAUAUUUUUGCAGCCUCUACAACUAUGGCUAAAAUGAGAGUGCUACUGAGCGCUCUGAACGACAACAAAGCGAAAUCUGCUUUUUAUCAUUUGCUCAAAGUUAACCAGUUGUUACUGGUUGAAGAUCUUAAACGAGAAGUGGCAGGGGAAUCUGCACAGACCUCAUCAGGAGUACUGGAAACUGAAGCUCAUCCCCAAAAUGCUACAGUAGAGAUGGAGGAUAUCCAACAGGGGACUGAAGACCAACAGAUCACCUGGUGGAACAGAGACAGAUCUCGUACGAGACAUAGUACAACGAUAGAGAACCUGUUAAGAAAGACUGACAAACAAAAAGUAGGGAAGCUCUACUUUUAUAAAGAUGAGAAGUGCAUGCUUGGCUCUGGAGGAAGUGGCACGCAAGUGUAUAUCGGUGUGCGUGAAGACGGCUUUGAGGUGGCCGUUAAAAUAAUAACCAAGAACCCGAAGACCAUCAAGGACUUUAAAAAUCGAACUGAGUCAUUUACAAGAUUCAAAGCUUGAAAGCCCACAUACCGUCAGGUAUGUGACCUUUGAAGAAGACAGAGAUUUUUACUAUCUGGCAAACCAGCUUUGUGAAUAUGAUCUGGUGGGCUACAUGGAUUAUCUUCGUCAGCCGGAGCAAAAGGACAGAAAAGAGACCACUUUGAGGAGAAUAGUGAAGGAGAUGCUCCUUGGCCUUCAGGUUCUCCACCGCGCCGGAGUGGUCCACCGUGAUAUAAAGCCUAGAAAUGUUUUGAUAGACAAAGAAGAAAGGGCAAGGCUGGCAGACUUCGGCAUAAGUCGCAAACUGGAGGAGGGGAAAACCACAGUGUAUACUGACAGAGCCGGCACACAAGGCUGGGAGGCAACGGAGAUUAUAAAUCAGAAAGACAAAAGCUCAUACAAAAUGAGCUCAGACAUCCAGGUCGCAGGGAUGUUAACCUGUUACAUCCUCUUUGACGGGAAACAUCCGUUUGGUGAAGGCAUUUACCUUGAGCCGAACAUUUCGGAAGGGAAAUACAACACCACAGAUAUCACGAAUGAGGCCGCAAAGGAUCUCAUAGAGUGGAUGAUUAACAAAAAUCAAGAUGACAGGCCGACUAUCGAUCAGGUCCUAAAUCACCCUUAUUUCUGGGAUGAUAAACGAAAAGAAGACACGCUGAAAAAACUGGGCGAUCGACCUGAAGUCCAGCACUAUAGUGAUAUUUUAAAAGUUUGUAAAACGAAGGAAGCUGAGGUACGUCUAACAGCAAGAGAAGCUGUAGAAAAGACCUUCACUGAUAAAAAGGACAAAAGCAGGAAAACUGCAGUCCUUGCCAUAUUAGGAGAAACGGAGGAGGCACAGAAACUGAAGUUAGAAAGUCUUCUUAAGCUGUGCGACAAAGCAAAGGAAGCCACAAAAGACAAAUCGUUUAGUAACUGGAAAUCAACGCUUUCAGGCAAAGGCAUCAGUUUUGACAACAAUUUUCCGGAGGACAUAUUUGGCCUGCUGCGUACUUACCGCAACACACUGAUACAUGGGGUGCUCCGAGAAGAUAUGUUAGACUGUUUUUCGGACUUCUACGUCAGCUUGCACAGAUUGGCUAUGGACGUGGACUGGGACUGUAACUGAUGGAGAACGUGGGCAAGCGUUGUGAGCGCCAGGACAGAAGUAGCGAUAGAUGCUACCGGCAAAAAGAAAAAGUUAGCAUUUUUAUUUCCUAGAAAUUCACUUAACAGUAAGGCACAGGAUGCAUCAUGCAUUUGUGGUGUGUUUCAUUUAUAACUUUUUAUCAUGUAAUCAUUUUAUUAUUCAAUUUAAUCGUUUAUAAUAAUGGCUAUAGUCAUUUAUCUACCUAGUUCAUUGAGUCCCUAAUUGAUUGAAAACGCUGGGUUCAGGAGAUGAUUUUGUGGAACGGUUUGGUAUAAUGUUGAAGUCUGAGCAUUAAAACAUUGCAACUAAGAUUGUUCAAUAAACCUUUGAUAAUC